AUGAGCACAGUUGGUCCGACCCGGCCUCAAGAAGAGGCAACUCCCAGGCAGGUCGAAUCGAGGGGCGUCAAGAAAGGAUCUACUAGUCCCCAAGAAUAUCUCUUAGAGCGAUUUCCAUCCGUCAGACGAGCCGCCCCGACGUAUCAAGGCAGCGCACCCGUUGGGCGCCGGGCCAACACACUGCGACCCGCGUUGAGGAAGCUUUGCGAAGGCGAGCAGCAUCCAAACACGCGUCCAUACCAGCGCCCAUACCAGCGUCCAAACCAGGCCGGCCGAAGACAAGUUCAAGAGUCAGGUGGGAUCUCUCACCAUGCCGGCAGCAGUGCUGGCCCCGACACAGCUCACAACCACAACUCGGCCGUGACGGGGCUGGGGUUGGAGGUUAUUGAGGUACUACUAUCCCAGGUCGCGAACCACAACUCGGCCGUGACGGGGCUGGGGUCGGAGGUUAUUGAGGUACUAUCCCGGUUCGCGCAGAACAGAGAUGCUCGCAGAUGGGAGACGGGCGCCAACGGUCGCCCAAACGCGGCCUCACGUGGUUUUCUUCACCAACUCCGUACUCAGAGACAACGCCGAGGACCCUUACGCCCCUGUAUGGGCAGCUCUCACACCAACCGCCGGGGAGGAAACGCACGCCGCACCACCCGCACGCUCAACGAGAGCAAGGCCCCCGGCAUUCAUCACGACCCUGAAGGCGGCAGCUCGAACUCACCCGCAACCCAAGCGCCCCUGCCUCUUCCCACGCCAGCCCUAAUCUUUGACGAGACAACCAACCCCAAUCUACUUCGCACUUUAAGGCCUGCUACUGAUCCCGGACUUCGCACCGGCAACAACAACAAUGAUAACAACAAUGACAACGACGACGACGACGCCGACGACGCCGACGGACUACAGGCCCCCUUCGCACUGCGAGCCGACAACCUCUCCAGCGUUCUCGCCGACCGGGCCGCGCCUGCUGGCCUCCGGUACGCGUCGAUGCGGCUUGCCCUCGUCACUGAGACGCUUGAAAUCGAGACGCCCGGGACCGGGGUGGCGCGCGUCACCCACCGGGGGGAUGGCCUCCAGGGGGCACCGCUGCGGCUGCUGCCGGAAUCGCGUCGGGAGCUCAACGGGUGA